AUGAAGAGUUCUUUUCUGUUUUCUGAGUGCCCUUUUCUUCCGCGGCCCCGAGGGAGAAAGGAUAAUGGCCAAUGCCGCCGCUGCGUUACCCCCAGAAAUGGCCAGAUAGGCAAAAUCCGCUCCUCCCUGCAGCUCCCGGGCUGCUGCAAAGCUAAAGCGGGUGAGCUGACCGGCCCCGAUUCAAAAGAAUUUCAGAAUACUGUAAAUCAGUGCAAGCGCUUAGUACAGUGCUCUGCACACAACCUGAAAGCUUCGGCAAAUUCCUCUGGUCCUUCACUUCUGGCACAGACCCUCCCAACCCUCGUCCCGGACAAGGAAGCUCAAGCUUGCAGCAACUUCAACAAAGGUUGCACAUUGGUAGAGGCAGCGGUGGGUUCCAAGGCAACUCUUUCCUGUCGUUCCGUCCCAUUGGAGAAUCUCAUUAUGGUCUCGUGGACCAUUGUCUGCAGCAGGACUGCUAACUGGACCAUGGCUUACAGGAAUGAUACAGCCCAUAUUACCACACCUCCUGAUGUGAGAUUGGCCUGGGGACCGAGACCCGAUCUGAAUCCAGUCCUGCAGAUCGAUCCCGUGACAAUCACAGAUGACAGCUUUUAUCGUUGUGAUGUUGCAACGAGUCAGGGGAAUUUUGACUGUGGAUUUUGCCUGAGCGUGCUGGUUCCUCCUGUGGUCUCGCUAGUUGUGGCGAAGGAUAACCGGGCUGUGUGCAAGGCCUCUGCGGGGAAGCCGGCAGCCCAGAUUUCUUGGGUCCCACCGGGGGAGCACAACACUUCCAGCAGGACCCAUGGCAAUGGGACAGUGACAGUGGUCAGUACCUACUGGGGAAACAGCAGCCACCUGAAUGACCUUGUCUGCUCUGUGGGCCACAUGACCGGGAACAGGAACCUGUCCAUGCACGGGACUUCAGGUCCUGGACGUUCUCAACUGCUGUCGCUGUUCUUGACCUUCUCUGGGAUCUUGGGAAUUUUGGCUAUCGUGGGAGCUAUUCAGUUUUGGAAGCUCAAAAGCAACCCCAGAGCAUCGAAAUCCAGGAAUACAGGUGACACACUAAGAGCCGAUGAGGAUACUUUGGAGCCGUAUGCCAGCUACACAGAGAGGAACAAUCCGCUUUACAGCACCAGGACGGAGGUGGCAAUUUUACAUUCGUCACAGAGGGAUGACUUCCUCAUUGGUCUCAGAGUCCUGUAGGCCCUAGGGGAACAAACCAUGGCCAAAUUGAGUAGGAGAACUGCAUUCAGGAUCCCGCCUGGAGCACCGAAGCUCAGAACAAGUUUGGGGUAGCAGAAUUCCUCCUCACGUUCUGAGAAGAGGCUUUGUCUCCUUGGAUUUCCUCUUACAUUGUCUCCCCCAGAGU